AUGGAAAUAGACCCAGUAGAAGUUUUACAUCAUCUUAAUGCUUUGGGAUAUGAAAAUGUCGAGCCGCAUUUGCUUCAAAAAUUUAUUAAAGGUAUAACUUUACUGUUUACAUUAAUUGAAUUAUAAAAUAAUAUAACUGAUUUAGCAAGGUAUGUAUCCAUGAGGAAGGGUCAAUGUAGUCUUGACCCCCCCCCCACCGAAAUUGAAUAUAUGUUCAUAGAUUAUAGAAAAGUAUUUAUAUAAUAAAAUAAAGUAUUUUCUUGUUUAUAUGUUUGUAUUCAUCACGAUUUCUGAAUUUUUUGAUAUAGAUAAUUUUAUUAGUGAAAUAUAACAAUGUCUAGGUUUACGGAAUUCAGAAUCUUGUGAUAGUUUUAAUUUUAAUAGUUAAGUAUUACUAUUUUAGUGGUUUUCUUCAUUAUUUUUGAAAGAUGAUGUGGGUGGACAUGUCAGGAUUUUAACUGAACUCUUUCUCACUGAUAUAUGUCGUACAUAUACAAAUUCAUUGAAAUUGUAAUUUAAAUAAAUAAAGUUUGUGUUGUUCGUGUCAACUUAGUGAAAAUCAUAUAAAUUUCGUUGUGCCCCAUAAAAUGGCUCAUUGAAAAUAAAUCUUAGGUAACAUGAAUAACAAUAAAGUAGAUGGUAAUUAAAAACUUGUUAUUCAGUUCACUAUACAGUUCUAAAACAAUAUUGUUUUAUUGUUUAUUAAAGUUGUACUACUUAUCAAAAUGUAUGUUAAAAAAAGAAAGAAUACUAACUUUUUUUUGAUGAAAAUUUGAAAAAGCUGUUAUAUUUGUUGUGACAUGAAAAAUGAGAAUCUAGAAACAAAAAGCCAAGGAAAAAAAAUUAACUUGAAUGAUUAAAAAAAGUGUUACAUAUUAUGGUGUAAUUUAGGGACCUGCAUAUAACCUAAAACAUACACUUCACCUAGGCAAGACACAGAAACUUUAAAUAUUUUACUCUUUUAAUUUAAAAAUGUUUAUAGGUUUUUGAAAUAAUGACUAGGUAUUUUUAUUUUACAUUUAAAAAAUAAAAAAUAAUGUUAUUUUUGUUCAAUUUAUAACAGUUUUUGACAUUUUACUUAGGGAAUUUUCCUGAGAACCUUUCUAAAUUUAAGAUAAAAACUAAAUAGAAAAGAAAGUGAUGCUGUAACUUGCUUCUCUAAUUUAACAUUAUAACCUCAAUCUAGGAGUUUCAUCAGUGGGCAUAUUCUUUAUCAAAUAUUUUUGGCCUUCUUUUUUAACACUUAAGUUUAUUAUACAACAAAAUAUUUAUAGAUUAUUAUGAAGACUGGAAAUAAUUGUAUAGAUAAACUUACUCUAUUAUCAGUUCAUUGUGAAACAUCUAUCCAAACUGACAAAGUAUUUAAUAUAAUUAAAUACAAAAAAAAAAAACAGACAAAUCACAUUAUAAACAUGUGGUCAUAGUACAUUUUAAUUUAAUGUUUUUUUUAAGUUGAUUUGUCUUAAAAUUGUAUACACAUUUAUUUAGUUAUUUCUUCUGGUAUUCAAUUCUAAGGUUGAUUUUGCAGUUUUCCAUAUUCUCUUCACUCUUAUCUACUACUGACUAGCCUCAUUAGUUCUCUGUAGUUUGUUAGUCCUAUAUCAGAAAUCAUUUUUUUUGAUAUCUAAUAUUCUUGGUCAUCCUCUGCCUCGUUUAUCAUUUAUCCUCCCUUCUAUUAUAAUAUGUGGAUGCUUAUUUAUGUGUUAAAACAUAUUUAAUCUUAAAAUGAUGGAAUACUUAAAUCAUACUAUACUCUAUUCACAGUAAAUUGACUUUCUUCAACGCAUGUAUAUUGAGCCAUCUUAGUCUGUGAUUGAUCAAUAGUGUUCGGCGAUCGUCGUUGCUUGUCCUAGUAGACAGUAGGUUGCUAUCGUGACUGUGUAUUUAGAGGAGGUUUUUGUCGAGCGAGAGGGUCAACUUAUGGUAAUAUAUAAGUAUAAAAUCUUUCUAAUUUCAUAUUUUUCUCCAACAUCACAUCUCAAAACUUUCAGGAAAUAUUUUUUUGUUCAGAUUUGUUCAAAUCUUAAGCAUCAUAAUAAUAUAGUUCCACAUUAUAGACAUAUACUUUAAUUAGACAAUUUUUCACUCCUACACUCAAGUUAUUAUUAUAUCUUGUUGAGGCUUUCAAUUUUUCAAAUAUAUUAUUAUUAUAGUCAGUAUUUCAAAAAAACUUAGGUAGUUGUUUUUACUUUUGAAAUUAAGUAAGUAAAUUUUUCUAAUCAAAAUAUAAGUUUAUAAAAAAAUUAAGUUUUGUACAAAAUUUUAAUUUAAUAUUUUUUAUUUAUAAUUUAUUAUUGAUUGUAUUUUGAAUUACAGAUUUGAAGAAACUUAUUAAAUAUGAAAAACAAAAAUCAAAAGGAAAUGUUAAAAUUGAUUCAAUGUCUAAUGAUAAAAGUCCAUUAAAAGAAACAAUAAUUUUGACAAACAAUCAUUGCACAAAUAAAUGUUGUAUAAAAAAAAUAAAUAAUGUGUAUGAAAGGUUAUCACGUCCAAUUUCAAAAACAAAACUAUGUUCUAAAGCUGUAUCAACCGUUGGUGUUCAAACUGAUAAUCAUGACAAGCAAAAAAGUAAGAUUUUAAUUAAUUUAGUAUACAAAUAUAAUCUUACACCAAUAAAACACAUUGUUAAAGAUAAUUUUGUUAGACAUUCAUCUGAAAUUAAAAGUAAAAAAAGUAAUAUGUAUAAAGGUGGUCAAACUAUGGUUCCCAAGUUGCAUGUGUUUCACAUCAUAGUUUUAUGUAGCUAGUGUCUUAUUUCUGAAAGCAAACAUUUACUUACUAAUAUUAUGAAAUAUUUAAUUUAUUAUAAAUAAUAUUUUGGCCUAAGAUGUAUAAAUUUACUAUUUUUAAAUAUCUUAAUUAUCUGUUUUUACAUUUUGUUUUAGAAGGAUCACUAUCAGUUGAAAUGAUUAUAUUUUUUCCUAACAGAAUGUCAGCUUUUUGUUGUGUUUCAUCAACAGCAGUCUGAAUAUUAAUACCUUGAAUAAUUUACUUUAUAACAAUUAGAUCUAAUAAUUCUUUUUUUACAUCUCUUUUCUUUGUAAUAUUCUUGAAGUUUGGUUAAAAAUACAUUGAAUGUCAUAAUUUGUUUAAGAUGUUCAUUUCUUAAAUUUGUAUUUGAUAGUUCGAACAAAAUCUCUUUGUUAACUAACAAGUCUGUUUUAAUUUCAGUUUUCUAUCCUCUGGAUAUCAAAAUAUAAUAUAAAAGUCAAAUAAUUGUUCAUUGUUAAAGUUCUAAUUUAUUUUUUCAGAUGAUAAUAAAUAUUCACAAAUUUUAAAAAAAAAACAAAUGGACCCGGUAUCGUUACACCAAUAUUAUCAAACAGAGUGGGAGCAUCACAAAAUACCCGGUGAAAAAAAUCACGAUAAAUUACGAUGGCAAAUUAGACAGAAGAUGAUACAUAAGUAAAUUUACAUUUUAAUUUUUUUUAUCAUAAUGUGUAAUGACAUUUUUUUAUGUAUUAAAAUAUAAUAAAUUUUAAUUUACAAUAAUAAUAAAAAUAAAUUUGUGUAUUUAAAUAUUUUGUUUGUCAUGGAUAAAAACCAUAUAGACAAAUUCGUAAGUGUGUAACAGGUGCUUUAAAUCUUAAAAAUACAUUUUUUGUGUGCUAACUCUCUAGAAAUAGUGCAUCAAAAAAGGUUGUUAAACCGAGAAUUGAACCUUAGCUAUUUAUUUAUUUCCAAAAAAGUUAAUACUUGUGUUCCCAAAUUAAUCAAUGUGCUUGUUGCUGCUGGAUUUCAUUGUGCUUAAUUACACCUGUUGAAAAAUUCACUGAUGCCGCUCAGACAUAAUGCAAUAUCACUUAGGUAUAAUUUGUAUAUUACCAAGUACUGAAAAUAACAAUGAUAUAAUAAACUAUUAUAACUUUACAUUAUUGAUAUAGUCUAUCUCGUUUUUGACAUAGACCUUAUACGAAAUAUGGAAAAAAGUUUAAAAAACAAUAUUUGGUUAGAAAAAAGUCCUAGACAAGGAAGUCCCAUAAAAAUAUUGUUAAAUUUGUAAUGUACCUACAUUUAAAAAAUUAUAAUAUACACUAGGUCAGUGCUUCCGCAACUUUCUGGACUCGCGGCUUCCUUUUUGAACUAUAAACUGUUAUAACUUAUAAAUGGUAAAUCUGAUAUUAGUAUUAUGCAUAUUAAAAUUUCUAGAAAAAUAUUCUCUAUUCAAAUCUGUGUUCAAUAUGGGAGGAGGGGAUUACUAUUAAAAUCAAAUGUAUGCACUUAUUUAAGGUAUAUAGAGUAGAAGUAAAAAAUUAAAAAUGGUUUUAAAAUAAAACUUAAACGAUUCCAUAAUGAUUAGAAAAAAUAUAAAUCAAAUUCACUUAAAAUCCUCAGAGAUAAUUAUUAGUUCAUGAUAAAAAAAAUCACUCUGUAUACAAGAUAUAUAUUUGCAAAUUCCAAACCGCUUUGUUAACUAUAGUUAAACAUGGCUAAUGAUAAGAAAUUAUUGUUAGACACAAAAAAGCAGAAGAUGCUAGAUUACAAUUGGUUCAAAAAUAUCUUGAAAUAUUAAAUGAAAGGCCAGAGGUUAUGUUUUUGUAUUAUAUCAACGAAGAGUUACAGGUAAAACUUUCUAUUAACCGCUAUCUUACCAGCACCACCAACAAUCUACAACCAACCACAACCCUAAUAAAGAAUCAAAUCCGUGAAGAAAAAGCUUUCCCGCUGACAUGGUUAGCUAUAACCAGUCCUUUCUAA